AUGUAUCUAUCCACACCCCUCUUGACCAGCCUCGCCCUGGGCCUCCUCACCGCCGCCUCUGCCCUCCCCACGGCGGACGCGGCUCCCAAUCCGGUUGAGCUGGCCCCCCGCGCCUGCACCACCAUCCCCCCAUCCAACAUCAACAUCCUCCAACGAGGCGACCCGAACAACCCGCACAACGGGCUGAUCUUCAACAUCGUGCGCACCGGCUCCCCGCCAAGAAACGAAUACAUCUCCGUCGUGACCUUCAGCAACAUCCCCGCCGGCGCCACCGGCUGCAUGCUCUCCGUCCAAUUCCCACCCCUGCAGUACCCGAACUGA